CAAAAACGCUGUCAAGCAGCAGCACACGAGCUUUUGAGACACAACCCAGUAUCUUUCCCUCUCCCGCGCCUCUGGCCCUCGUUAAACGCUGAAAUGUUUGGAUAUGCUCGUCAUAUCCGUCAUAUGCUCCUUCAGGAAGUUAACAAUUGAACACAUUACACACAUACUUUAUAUCCCUGCGGCAUCUGUCUGGUUCACAUACUCUCUGCCGAAGAUUAUUCCCAUAACUAAUAAUGAGAAUGGAACUAUCAGUGAUAGAGUUCGGCACUUUGAAGCGAAGCUGAGUGUUGUCUGUCUGGUCAACGUCAAGUUUGGCGAGAUGCUGCUCUACGGGCUUCUGCUACUUUCUCUUUCCUUUUGGACGUCUCAUUCAGUGUUUAAAAUACCUUUAAAAAUGUUUGCGGGGAAAUUCAACGCGUCUGUGCAGCUGGACCUCAGGCCUUUGAGAAAGAAUCAAAGCGCAGUGGAGAGUGGACUUUCCCUGGCAUCGGAUCCAGCUGGGAUUGUCGACUUUCUGGACAUGAUCAAUAAUUUAAAAGGAGACUCUGGUAGGGGAUAUUACAUGCAGCUGGUCAUUGGGACUCCGGGACAAACGUUGAACAUCCUGGUUGAUACUGGAAGCAGCAACUUUGCUGUAGCUGCAGCAGCACAUCCCUACAUCACACACUACUAUAACAGAGCACUUUCCAGUACAUAUCAGAGCUCCAGCAGGGGAGUUGCAGUAAAAUACACACAGGGAGAAUGGGAGGGGGAACUGGGAACUGACCGCAUCACCAUUCCUCAAGGGCCCAGUGGUACAAUAACUAUCAACAUAGCCGCAAUCCUCACCUCAGAAGGCUUCUUUCUGCCUGGAAUCAACUGGCAGGGAAUUCUUGGAUUUGCAUAUCCUCUACUAGCUCGGCCUGACCCAUCAGUGGAGCCCUUUUUCAACUCUGUUGUGAGACAGACCGGCAUUCCAGAUGUGUUUUCUCUCCAGAUGUGUGGAGCAGGAGUCUCUGCCAGCACUACAGCUGACCCGGCAGGCGGCAGCCUGAUCAUGGGAGGAGUUGAGCCCACCUUAUAUCAGGGUUCAGUUUGGUACACACCAGUCCUGGAAGAAUGGUACUAUCAAGUGGAAGUCUUGAAGCUUGAAGUUGGAACCCAAAAUUUAAACCUAGACUGCAAAGAGUACAACUCCGAUAAAGCCAUUGUGGAUAGUGGGACGACUUUACUGCGACUUCCUGGAAAUGUGUUUAGUGCUGUGGUGGAGGCCAUUAUGCAGACAUCCCUGAUUGAGGAUUUCUCGGCGGGAUUUUUUGAUGGCACCAAGCUUGCAUGUUGGAUGAGAGGCGAAUCACCAUGGAGGCUUUUUCCGAAAAUCUCAAUCUACCUCAGAGCAACGAACACCAGCCAGUCCUUUCGCAUCACCAUUCUUCCACAGCUGUACGUCCAGCCAGUCACCGAUAUUGACGGCACAUUGGACUGUUUCCGUUUCGGAAUCUCCCCUUCAGCAAACGGCCUGGUCAUUGGAGCCACUGUGAUGGAGGGCUUCUACGUCAUCUUUGACCGUGCACAAAAGAGGGUGGGCUUUGCCGUUAGCACUUGUGCAGAAAACGGUGGUGUGCCAUUUGCAGAGAUCGCCGGGCCGUUCCUAGCUGAAGGAGUAGCGUCAGACUGCACGAGUGGCGUGCCUCUCAGGGAACCGGUGAUGUGGGUGAUCGCGUACGCUCUGAUGGGCAUAUGUGCCUUGGUUUUGAUCGUACUCCUCAUCUUGCUCAUACUGCCUUGCCGACGGCACAGAGACGGCGAGAUUACAGACGAAUCCUCGCUGGUGCGGCAUCGCAUCAAGUGACGUCAGGCGUCAACUGAAGACGAGGAGGCACCAACUCAGCAAAACAGGGCUGAAGGAAAUCAGAGCAGGUAACGCACGGAGCUCCGGGUGAGAUUACAUACAUUCCUGUUUGUCUGGGUGGAAGAUGCUGGGAUUUGGGACGCUUGCGGACUUUUACAGUUGACUGAACUUUUCAAGGAAGAGGAUAAAACUACUGAAGGAUGAAGGAAUCAUGAUUAUACAUGUGAUUCUUAUUUAAAAAAAGAAAAGAAAUCAUAAAUAAAAGUGCCAUAAUAUGAGUAUCAAGAUGGCAUUGGAGUAAAUGGUGAUGUAGAUGCUCCAGUGUUUCUCCAAAGUAUGCUGCUCUUUUUAUUCUUAGUCUUCAAUAUAAUUGAGUUAAUAAAACUACUGGAAAUCAGCAAUGGUCUCUCAGGGGCCUAAAUGAGGUUCAUGGUUCAAUGAAGUAAGUUUAUUUACUGUUAUUAUCUAGAGGUUGAGGUUUCCUUUUAGAUGUCCCUUUCAGCAGUGCAUUGAAAGGAAUAAUUCAACCAAAAAAAUGAAAUUUGUCAUAAAAUUGUUGUUCCAAACCUGUAAAUUGAACAUGUCUGACAGAGCGUGAUGCUGCUCUUGCUUAUAGAGUACAAUGAAAGCAAUGGGAAGGGAUGCUGUUGAGCUCAAAUAUGCUAUUGUAUGGCUUCAGAAAACUUGUAAUAUAGCACAGACGCUGUAUGGACUACGUUUAUGAUCUUCUUCAUAAAGCAGUUUUCUGCUGUGACCUGUAUUUAGGAACUUUCGCCAAAAAUCAACAACGCACAAUAAAAUAAUAAACCUAGUUUCACAUUUCACUGGGCAAAGACGGCUGGAGAGUUCCUUGUUCCUUUCAUUUAAAGUUCACUCCCAGUGUCUGUAUGCCGCACUUGAGUGAAUUCAUUGGGUUUUAUUCACUAUGCAUGCGUACGAGCAAAUCUGUGCAUGAAAUCCGCAUACAAACAAAUCAUGAUUCACCAAAAAAUGUGAGGUUUCUCUGAAAAGCAAUGCAGGCAUAUACAGUAUGUACAGUUGGCUAAUGAGAGGUUAGUUUGUUUUUUAAUUGUGUUAACUGGUUUUGAGGACUGCGCACUUGACAUUGCUUAAGGAUCUGCGAGAGUGUGUCUGUAAAGAGAGGCAUAUGUUUCAUGAAAAGGAAAGGCCCUUAUAUAGAGAUGGUUUGGGCGUGGUUUAUGCAAAUGACUAACUGUAUGCAUGCGCAGCCGCUCAUCUUGAAUACUCCAAAUCCACUAACAUUAGAAAAAAGAUGGUAAGAACAAAUUUGUGUGCAUAUGCAUGUGUUGUGAAUUAAGUGGAAAGUUUUCGUGAGAAGUUCAAAUGUGCAUAUAAAUACGCAGUUAUUAGUGAAUGGGACCCAUUGUUUUUCUCCAUGUUUGGUAGCCUUUUAAAUGUGCUUGUGUGAUUGGUACAAUGUCAUUCUUAUAACAUCAGAUCAGAUCAUAAUCAUGAAGAUUUAAGGAAACUCUUCUCUGUUUUUAAGGGUGUGCCUUCUUGUGUAAAUUACAUUUAGCCCUAGAUAAGAUUUGACCCCUGAGAUCAGACUGAAGAUUUUUCUGUUGGUUUUUAAAGAAGACUGGAAAAAGAGUGAGGAGAGAAUCUUUAGCCAAAACUCCUGCACAUUUGCAGUUUGCUUUUGAAUUCCCAGGUAUGCAUCUUUGACCUGACUUUAUGCUUUUAUGUUUUAUUUGUGUGAUUGAUUUUGGAUUGAUUUUUUAUUUCUUAAUGCUUUAAUUUACAUGUGUAGCCCUACCUGGUGAAUAAACUG